CCGUCCACGCUCUCGUGUUCCAGACUCCGCCGUCAUGACGCUCGCCGUCUUCUUCGGGUGCACCUUCAUCGCCUUCGGGCCGGCUCUCGGCCUCUUCCUCUUCACCAUUGCCCGGGACCCGCUCCGCAUCAUCAUCCUUAUCGCCGGGGCUUUCUUCUGGCUGGUGUCACUGCUGCUUUCCUCCCUCAUCUGGUUUAUUGCUGUUAAAGCCAGCGACCCCCAGGAUGAACCAUUGCAGAAGGGGCUCUUGAUAUUUGGGGUGAUGUUCUCUGUGCUGCUGCAGGAGGCUUUUCGCUUCCUCUACUACAAGCUCCUCAGGAAGGCCAUAGAGGGGCUUGUGGCCCUCAGCGAGGAUGGCUGCUCCCCCAUUUCCAUCCAGCAAAUGGCAUAUGUGGCUGGCGUGGGCUUUGGGCUCAUGAGUGGCGCCUUCUCCAUGAUCAAUCUCCUGGCAGAUGCAUUAGGCCCUGGCACUGUGGGCAUUCAUGGGGAUUCACAGCUCUACUUCCUGACCUCAGCUUUUAUGACCAUGGUGCUGAUUUUUCUUCACACCUUUUGGGGGAUCCUCUUUUUCCAUGGCUGUGAGCAUCGGCGCUGGUGGGAGAUCACAGCGGUUGUUGUCAUGCACCUUGCUGUUUCAGGGUCGACGUUUUGCAACCCCUUCUACGUGGGCAGCCUGGUGCCCUCCUACCUGUUGAUGGCUGCUGCCGCUGCCUGGGCUUACUCACUCUCGGGGGGAUCUACCCAGAACCUGCGUCGUUUCUUCCUCUGUCUAAAGAGCGGAUCCACACCCCAGCCAGGAUCCUGAGGCCUUGUGGGAUGUUCCUGUCCCCAGCCACCCCUGCCCUUCCUUCCAUCCUGGUAGUAAGAGCAGUUGUCACCUUCUCUGCAAUAUCUUUUCUCCUGGACUGGGGGACUCUGGACAGUCCCAGUGGGGCCAGCACUGGCAUCUGGCUGUGGCAGCCAGCCUACCAGUGUGGCUGAAGCUGGCUUGUUCCAACACACCUUUGGGAGCCCCCAGAGAACAGCUGUUUUGGGGAACUCAGUCCUGCUGGCCCCACCACAAGCCCAGCCCCAGUUUUCUGCCUCAGAAGGAUGAUAUCUUGGACUGCCAGGGGCCUGAGCCUGAAGAAAGCCAUCGCUUCUCCCCUCCCUCACCCUGAAGAUGUCCUGUCCCCUGUGCUGGGCAGGGAGGGUCCUGCAUCACAUUCUCACCACAGAAUGGAGGAAGCAGCUUUGCAAAGUGCUGCCAGGCUCUGGGUUGGGGCUGACUGCUGUGGUGCUGCUUUCCCUGCCUCUUUGCCCAGCCUCACUGCACUGGGAGGUAUGGCCCCAAUGUUGGACUACGGUAGCUGCAGUGGGCUGGCAUCCUGGUGCAGGGAGGAUGGUGCUGGGGGACCUGAAGGGACAGGAGCACCCAGGAUGAAAGGAGGAGGAGGGGGGAAAAGAGAUGGUACUCAAAGGGCCCAGCAGACAUAGAGGCUGGUGAAGGGCUCAGAAGGGGAUACAACCCCACAGCUGGUGCCAGCACAGCUUGGGGAGGGCUUUCAGGGGGCCAUUCUAGGGGAUCAUUGCCCUCUCCUGGAAAUGGAGAGGGAUUUUCAGGUGUGCACCAGCCCUGAUACUGAGCAUCUGGAUCAGGGCUGAGAAGGCAGUUUUAUCCAUA